AUGGCCACUCCGCGCCUUGCCCGUCUUCCCCGGUGGAUCAGCCACUGGCUUGGCUAUCGCCCAGAGCCCGUGAAGCCACUCUCUACAUACCAAGUCGCUCUCUGGUCCUUCAUAACCUCAUUCUGCGGUCUAUCAGUCGUACAAGCAAUUUUCAACUACUCCGACUAUUUCACCGAGCGCAAUGUACCAGGAAUAGUCGCCUCCUACGUAAGUCCCACGCCACAAAUGAAUAUCCGAAAUAUCUACAUUGACUCACAAAAAAAACAGGGUGCAUCCGCAGUCCUGGUCUUCGGCGCAAUCGAAAGCCCACUCGCACAACCGCGCGCUCUAAUCUUCGGCCACUUCUUCAGCGCCUUAAUCGGCGUCUGCAUCACCAAAUUGUUUAGUUUGAUCCCCGACCAGACGCGCUUCGAGUCCCUGCGCUGGCUGGCCGCUUCGCUCUCAACCGCUAUUGCUAUCGUCGUUAUGCAGUUGACCGGCACUACGCACCCGCCUGCUGGUGCCACAGCGCUGCUCCCAGCUACCAGUCAGGAGAUCUGGAGGCUUUCUUGGUACUUCUUGCCUGUUGUCCUGUUGUCUUCGGUUAUGCUCAUGGUUUGCGCGCUGCUGUUUAAUAAUUUGCAUCGUCGGUAUCCUGCGUUUUGGAUCGCGCCUACUCGCCCAAGUCUGUUGCGCCUCCUGCUCCGGUUCCGGUGUCUGUUGAUGUUUCCUUGGAAGGGGAGAAGGCAGUGA